GGCUCUCUCCUCUGGCCCCGUAUAAAAUAGGCGAGACGCGCAUCACCGCCAGAAGCAACAACACCCGGAGCCUCUCCUUCCCCGUCUCCAGCCGUUGCCUCCUCCGUCCCCGCCCGCGUCGCCGGCGAUCUCACCGCGAAUCGGAUCCGCCGACAAGGCGAGAGGGGAGAGAUGGGGCUCACGUUCACGAAGCUGUUCAGCCGGCUGUUCGCCAAGAAGGAGAUGCGGAUCCUCAUGGUGGGGCUCGACGCCGCCGGAAAGACCACCAUCCUCUACAAGCUCAAACUCGGCGAGAUCGUCACUACCAUCCCCACCAUCGGAUUCAAUGUUGAAACUGUGGAGUACAAGAACAUCAGCUUCACCGUCUGGGAUGUCGGGGGUCAGGACAAGAUCAGGCCGCUGUGGAGGCAUUACUUCCAGAACACACAGGGUCUCAUCUUCGUUGUGGACAGCAACGAUAGGGAUCGUGUUGUUGAAGCCAGGGAUGAGCUCCACCGAAUGCUGAAUGAGGAUGAAUUACGUGAUGCUGUGUUGCUUGUGUUUGCUAACAAGCAAGAUCUUCCGAAUGCUAUGAACGCUGCUGAGAUUACUGAUAAGCUUGGACUGCACUCACUUCGCCAGCGUCACUGGUACAUUCAAAGCACUUGUGCUACAACUGGUGAGGGAUUGUAUGAAGGCCUGGACUGGCUGUCCAGCAACAUUGCCAGCAAGUCCUAAAUUUUCGAGAGGUUUGGACCAUCUAGGAGCCUUUGGAUGAUGAUAUUGCUGGAUAUUUAGGGUUGGGUUGCUAUUCCCGUAUGUAAGGUGUAUGCCCUGAGCUCAAUAGUUAUUGAGCUUUGGUUAAGAUUUCACAGUUAAAUUGUUUUGUGUAAUUUGGGCCCUUGAGAUGUUUCCGAACCAAACAGCUAAAGAGAGUUCCGUUGAGUUAAUUGGUUGGGGGAAUGCGUGCUGGUAUGCAGUAUGACAUUGCUGUUGUGAGAUUCUUUAAUGCUCCAUAGGUUGAGCACCAUCCGAAUGGUUGCAUUUUUUGU